AGGGUAAUUAUUGAUCAACUUGUGGUGAUCUUGUAAGAAGUUAAAUUUAUUAGAGUUAGGUUAGAGUAAAUUUUUUUAAUUUGUGUAUUACAUUAAAUUAUUAUUAAUAAUCGAAAUGGACGAAGUAUUAUCGAGUUUUGAAAAUUUAAAAAUAUCGGCGUUUAGUAAAUACAGCAAACUUACCGGGGACAUAAACAACGUUACUAUUGGGCCAAACAGUACGAUUCUUCAUGAUGUUAGUGAAGAGGAACAGAAGACUGCAAAAUUGCGAAAGGAAGAAAACAUAGUUGAAGACAAGUCACCGAGGAGUCCACCACCUUUAAACCAAGUCCUACGUGAAAUUGACACUCAGAGGCGCGAAAAAUUACAAGAAACUAUUGAAGAUCAUUACAAGAAAUUUUCCAAGACUCGAAAGGAAGAGAAAGAAAGUCAGUGGUUUUUCAAGCAACAAGCGUUUAUUCAGAGCAUGCACGACACAGAACAGAUGAUAUUACAAAUGCUUAACCAGUCUGAUGUAAAUAAAUCCAAACAAAACGAAAAUUUAAUAAAACAUUAUCAAGAUAUGAUUCAGCGUAAGAUGCAAUAUGAGCAACAAAUAGAGAAGACUAAAGAAAAGCAACGGAUUUUGAAUGAAAAUAUUGAGAAGAUAAAAAAAUGCCAGCUUGAAUUUAGGUCCGUGUAUCAGGAAAUAAUCACAAGUAUCAAAGCAUGUACUUCAAGUGAAGAAUUAAGAAAAUCUUUAGGUGACAGCUUUAAGUUGUUGAAGAUUCUUCCAGAAAGUUUAGAUGAAGUUAUUGCAAAAUGUAGGAAUUGCAACGUCGAUGAAGAACAAUUUUUACGGGCUGUUAGUAUUGUAAACCAAAUAAAAAGCUUGAAAAAGGAAAUUGAAGAAGCUGUGUCAAAAAUUAACCAAAGGAAGGUAGAGGAAACUGUUAAAGCGGCCCCUUUAACACAAUCAACUCCAGUCACAGUUGAUUCUAAAAUUAUAGUUGAAAAAAAAGAUUCAAUACAAACUAUAACUGAAUGUGUUAGUGUAACCAAUUUAAAAAAGUAUGUUGAAAUCAAGCAGUUCUUAUCAAACCAUAGCCAGUUAUAUAAAGAUUUGAUUGCUGACGAGCAGCUUAAACAAUUUAGAUUUGAUUGUAAAAAAGCCAUAAACAUACCUGUAAAUGCAAUAUCUGCUGUAAAUGCUGAGCAUCUCAGAGACAAAUACACUAAACUUAAUAAUUUGCUAUCGGGAAAGACUGUGAUUGUAGCGGAGAGACAAGUAAAUGCUUUAAAACAUCCUCAAGGGAUUCCGUUCUGUAUGGAUUUAUUAGCAAGAAAAUUUGUCUUGCAAGGUGACUUAAUGAUUUCAAGUAACCCAGAAGCGGCUUUCUGUUAUGCAACGAUAAUAAUCUCACUAUGGAACGAUUUUCCCGAUUUUGGGAAUCUUCUGUUGGGCCAUUUUUACACCGGAUGCCCCUACUUGGUACCAUUCUACAUCCCAAAAACAGAAGAACAAUCAAUUGAGGAGUAUUACCAGGUCUUGGGUUACCAAUAUGUUGAUGGACAAAUAGAAAAACAAGACAAAUUUCUUAAACGGAUGACUGGGAUUUUGAGACUGUAUUUUGCAAUAUUCAUUGCAAAGCCAAAGAGGGAGCAGACAAAAAAUCCACAUGAUAUUAAAAAUGCUUGGAAUUUUUUGUCUUCAAUUUUAAAAUUAAAACCUCAAUUGGAUAUCACAGCAACAGUUUUGCAUAUUUUUUUGGAAACUGUUGGUUUUGAAAUGGAAUUGGUUUAUGGAAUGGCCUUCAAGAAAUUGGUUGUGAUUAUCAUGGACAAGUUUUUGCCAACGUUGAAGAAAAUUGAUUCAGGGGGACCUGUAACGAGGCUGGAAGUGCUGUUGCAAGAUUAUAAAACCAAGGGGCAUUUUGAUACACCAAACGGAAUUUUACCCAACAACUUUUGGUAAUUUAUUAAUUUUGUGAAUAUACAACUUAUGAAUAUACUUUUAUUGAUUUA